AUCACAAGAAUUUUUUGACCAUUGAGAGAAAAAUGAAAUCCAUAUUCUUUUGUAUUGUCUGUGUUUUCUUGCUGGUGAAUGCCUGUAUAGUAAUUGCUGAAAUUUCGUUCUUGAAUUACUGCAACAGUGGUCAAGAUCCUGAUCCAUUUCCUGGAGAUGGAGAUGAAGUUUCUGGUUCAAUAGUGAUGAAUACAGAAAAGAUUAAUGGUACUUGGUAUGAGCCCAGCAUGAACUGCUCUGUGACUUUUCGAGCUGCAGAUGGUUUCCAACUUUUUCUGACGUUUUCAAAUGUUAGUUUGAGAAAUGCAAGCAUGGACAACCUUACCAUUACUUAUAAUGAUCAGAAAAAUCAAGAGUAUCUUGCUGGGCAGCAAGUUUGUUCUAAUGAGAACUGUAUUGGUUUAAAGUUUGACUCUGGAAAAUCGGGUAAUCUGACUCUAAAAUUUCUCAGUUCGAAUGUCUCUGUACCACAAAAUGUUACAGGAUUUCAUGCACACUACUCUGUAUACAGUUUGGUUAAUCCAAAAAAUCAAGCAUGUAAUGGAAAAAAUAGAUUUUUGUGUGAAAAUGGUCACUGUGUUUUAGAAACUGUUGUGUGUGAUGGACACAAUGACUGUGGAGAUAAUUCAGAUGAAACAAAAUGCAUUAUUUCAGUGCGUGAUACUGUAUGGGCUAUUGUGGUCAUUGUGAUGGCUCUUAUUUCUGUUAUAAUCAUGGUACCUCUUUUCUGUUGCCUGGCAAUUUAUGGCACUCGUAGUGUCGUGAAGUCGGUAACUUUGACCAACCCGGCGGCUACUGCACUUUUACCUGCAGGUGAUCAAGGGGAGAUCUUUGGUUUACUAACUUCUUCAGAUGCUGCAAUGAAUGUCUGGCCUGGUUCAUCAUAUGACAGAAGUCUCUCUUUAAGCUACGGAACUAAUCAAUAUAUGGAACCAUCCACAAGUUCUGGCGUGAAUCGAUUUCGUUCACAGAGCGAAGUAGUGGACAAACCUAAGGAUAAUAAGGUUUUAUGAUAUGCAAUUUCCAAACCAACAUUCCUGUAAGUGAUUCUUUUUUUUUUUUGGCAAUUCAACAACAAAUGAUAUGACAGUCCAACAAAUAUGACAAUCUAAGCCAACUGUUCCAGUACAAAUAUAUUGUGUAUAUUGAAGACCAAAAAACGAAUUGGCCAGAAAAAGAAAAGCUGAAUUCGAAGAAUGUUAUAAAUUGUACAGUAAAUCAGUCAAUAUUUAAGUAUUUAACUAUUUAGAUUUUAUCUGAUGAAACCACUUUAGUUUCUCUUUUUAAGCAGUUUUCACUAUCAUUGUUGCUGUAUGAAUUUUUACCACUUGAGUAUUGUGGAAGACAUUCUUAUGUCACCUUUCAUGCAUUGGCAUAAUAGUAUAAUGAGGCAGAAAUUUCAUUCGAUUUAUGUUGUUAUUUAUUUAUUUUUAUCUAAUUACUGAAUCUUAACUCCCAGGGAAAAAAAUAGCUCUUCGAAAGUAUUUUGUUCUGGGUGACCACUGAACAUAAAAGCCGAAUAAUCAGGGAAUUAAGACGAAAUCUGGCACUUUUAUUUCGGAUAUUUGAAAACAGCAUUUUAGUUCGCUUGAGUGAUUUUACAUCAGGAACUAUGACUUCUUUAGCAGCUGCCAAGUGUGAAAUAUGCAAUAAGAAGCAAAAAUGAGUAUAUUUAGAGAAGAUUUUUCCUAAGUUAAAGCUGUUCCUGUGCUUGUGUGCUUAAACAAUUAUUGCACUUGGUCAGAUACUGCUAAGGAAAGUGAGAAGGAAGAGAAAAAUGCAAAGGAAAAUGUAGCACUGCUUCUAAAAACUGGCAUUGUUUAAUGUUGCACUGCUCUGCUUCCGUAUUAGAUUACUUUCUAGUUAAAAAAAA